CACAGAGCCACGAUACAACUUUUAUUAUUCCCCCAAAUUGUCCUCACUUCUACUUUAAGACCAGUGUUCCUUUGACUUUGGGACCUGAAGCAGCAAACGGCUAUUGAUGUCAGACUUAAAGACCGGAUAUCCAGUGAGGAGCAGUUCUUCAGCAGUGCCUCGAGCUGAUAUGAACAUAGGAAGAGACCCAGUGUGAAAACAGAGUGAGGAGCGCAACAAUAUGAUGGACCUUUUCGAGACCAACAGUUAUCUUUUUAAUGAUUUGCGCUAUCUGGAGGAAGCAGAUCAUGGACCACUACAGCACUUGGACAUGGCAGGGGUUUCCCCUCUGUACAAUGGCAAUGACAGCCCACUGUCCCAAGCGGGUCACGAUAAUGUCCCGUCCGGUGGGGAGAGCAGCGGAGAGGAGCACGUCCCUGCACCUCCGGGUCUCCGGGCGCACUGCGAGGGUCAGUGCCUCAUGUGGGCCUGUAAGAUCUGCAAGAGAAAGACGGCUCCCACGGAUAGACGUAAGGCUGCGACCCUCAGGGAGAGGAGGAGGCUUAAGAAGAUCAACGAAGCCUUCGACGCACUGAAGAGGAAGACCGUAGCCAAUCCCAACCAGAGGCUACCCAAAGUGGAGAUUUUACGCAGCGCCAUCAGCUACAUAGAGAGGCUGCAGGAGCUGCUGCAGACGCUGGACGAGCAGGAGAAAACCGGAUCUCCAUGUGACGCAAAAGAAAACAAUGUGGCCAGUGAGUACCACUGGAAGAAAUCCUCUGAGGCUUGGCCAACCUCCGCUGACCAUUCCACUUCAGCAAUGAACUGCACAGAAGGAGCCAGUGAGUCUUCCGCGUCCUCCAGCCUCCUGCGGCUGUCCUCCAUCGUGGACAGCAUCACCAACGACAGCAGUCAUUGAGGACGUCUCAGAAAACUGAAACAUUAGCAAACUAUCUGACAUUUUCAAUAUGAUCUAUUCUGAUCAUCUGUGAACUAUUUUUGCCAUAGUAAACCAUUCUGACUUCUGUUUGUAAGUACUUCAUUUGUACAGGAAGAGCAAAAGAUUUGUACAUAUUUUAUAUUAACAUGAAGUUUAGAUGUAUUUAUUUUGUGUCCAAAGGCUAACCUUGGCUUUAAGGAAGCUGAAAUUCUCUUUAUAUAUUGUACACAGCUGA